ACAAAGAAGUUAAUCAAUUUGUGGUUAGGAUUAGAUAAUUUAAAAAGCCAAUAAUUAAUCUGAAAACAAAUGGAUUUGAAAUGUUUGAACACUAUAGACUGUAAUCAAGGAGCUGUUCGAGCAGUCAGAUUCAACGUGGACGGAUCGUACUGUCUCACGUGCAGCUCUGACAAAAAACUGAAGUUGUGGAAUCCCUACCGAAGCCUUUUACUUAAAACUUAUGGAGGUCAUGGAAACGAAGUACUAGACGCCUGUGGUUCAUGCGACAGUAGCCAGAUAGUGUCUUGUUCCUCAGAUAAAUCUGUUAUCGUGUGGGAUGUAACUACAGGACAACCUCUGCGAAGACUUAGGGGACAUGCCGCCACCGUCACUUGUGUUAGAUACAAUGAGGAGUCCACGGUGGUGGUGUCUGGCAGUUUAGACAAUACGGUGAUGUGUUGGGAUAUUAAAUCAAGGCAACAGACUCCGAUACAAACUCUAAAAGAUGCCAAAGACUGUGUAACCUCAGUUCAAGUGACGGACCAUGAAAUUUUAACGGGAUCAGUGGAUUGUUCCGUAAGGAGGUACGAUUUACGGAAUGGAAGUUGUGAAACGGAUUUCGUCGGAGCUGCGAUAACUUGUGUUAGUUUUUCGCACGACGGACAAUGUGUAUUGGUUAGUUCUGCGGAUAAUACAGUCAGAUUGUUUGACAAAACCUCAGGGGAAUUACUGGGAGAGUAUACGGGGCACAAAACAGAUGACGUUAAUAUUGAAAGUUCCAUAAUAACUAACGAUAAUUUUGUAUUGUCUGGAUCGGUUACUGGGGAUUUGUGGUGCUGGGACCUGGUUAACCCAGAGAAGGUUAAUAAAAUGUUGCAUACACCCGGAAAGGUGUUGAAUUCGCUUAGUGUUCACCCGAAAAAGGAUAUUUUGCUGACGUCUUGCGUGGGCACUGUAAAGUUAUGGGGGCAGCAUUCAGAUUCGGCGGAAGACGUAUCUGAAGAAACAUGAAAUGGAAAACUAUCGCUCUGUCUGUGAUGUGUUGUAUUUUAUUAUUAAAAAUAAAUUUUCGUCACGUUC